UGGUAUUUCUUUACAUGCCCUUUGAGUGUAAGGGCACUUUCUGCUUGUUGAAGACUGUGGCAGCUAGCAGCUGUUUCUAAUUAUCAGCACGUCUGCAAUCUGUAGUCCCCUGGAAAUAACGGUGUCCCCACUCAGGCACAGAAGACAGCAAGGACACUUCUAAGAGAGAAAUGAAUUGAAUCAGAAAGAGUCAUUCAUGUUUGGUAACAGCAGUGGUGACCAUCUACGAAGACCAUCUGACAGGCGUUCAUCCUACCUUUCUUGAAAAGACUGACUGAGGAUAGCUAGAAACAAUCACAUUGAGUCAUCCAUCCUCAAGUCCUUUACCAUUUAAAGUGACAUUUUCUCUUUAUCAAUCGGAGUAAUAAAGAGUGUGAUCAUUAGUCUGUGGAUUAAGAGUCUCUCCUUCACUGCCAAGACAAGAACAAGGGGCAAUCUGUCUGUAAAUGGCCUUGCAUCCACAACUCUACCCUGUCAAGAAGAUCCGUCCAGAAAAGAGAAAUAUAGUUCCAUCACAUUGAUCCUGCUGAGGUGUCAACAUACCCGAGUCAACUCUUGAAACAUCGAUACCACUGAGGAGGCAUCAGACAGUCCCGCUCUACACUAGAUUCAUCAAUAAGGAUCUUUAGUAUACUUUGAUCAAAGACACAGUCCUGCUUUGAGAGACACUCAACCUCUGCCACAAAUUACAGAUAACAUACGAAUAGAACAGAUAUAUCAAAGUGAAACAGCUUCUGCUAAAGCUCUUGAGGUACUGUGACUUUCAUCUCUGCAGGUAGUUCUGGCAAGUAUUCCCACAUCUUGAAAGUGGAAGAGAUAAGAAGGUUCUCGGCUCAGUCUGCAGAGAGAAAAACAAACACCUGUCUGAUCUUUACGAGACACCUGUUGGACCACUACUGUUAAAGGUGGGAGAGAGCAGUGUGUAUUAUAGCUGCAAUGGCAUCAUCAGUGGAGCGGUUGUUGCAGGAUUCUUCACUAAACCUCUUGACUUGUCAUGGCUGACUGGAGCUUGCUGGAGAACUUUCUAGAAGAAGUCCAGGAACAUUCCACCUCAGUGGGAAAGGUGUGGCUCACCAUCCUCUUUAUCUUCCGGAUCUUGGUCCUGGGCACGGCCGCCGAGUCCUCCUGGGGUGAUGAACAAGAGGACUUCACCUGUGACACAGAGCAACCUGGUUGUGAGAAUGUUUGUUAUGACCAAGCCUUUCCCAUAGCGCACAUACGAUACUGGGUGCUUCAGAUAGUGUUUGUGUCCACACCUUCUCUUAUCUACAUGGGGCACGCCAUGCAUAGAGUCCGCAGGGAGGAGAAAAGAAGGAAAAAACAGGAUGAUCAAGGAGCCCAGAGCGAUGGAGAGAAGUACCCUGAAGAAGAUAAGGAUUCUGGGAAGGAGGAUGAGGGUGGAUGGGGGAAAGUACGACUCAAGGGUGCCCUGCUGCAAACGUAUGUACUUAGCAUCCUCAUUCGCAGUGUGAUGGAGGUGAUCUUUAUCGUAGUCCAGUACUUGAUCUAUGGAGUCUUCCUUAAUGCACUCUAUGUGUGUAGGGCACCUCCAUGCCCGCAUCCGGUGAACUGCUAUAUCUCACGACCUACGGAGAAGAAUGUAUUUAUUGUGUUUAUGCUAGCGGUUGCUGCUGUGUCGUUGUUGCUCAGUAUCGUGGAACUAUAUCAUUUGGCAUGGAAGCAGUGUAAGACGUGUUUGCAAGGAUACAAGGCUUCCAAACAACAUCUGAAUACGCCUUCCACUGUGGCUGCAGUUUCGCCAAAUCCAUCUACGCCAAACCCGGCAUGCACUCCACCACCUGACUUCAACCAGUGCCUGGUGACAUCAGCACCAUCUUCCCCUACUGUACAGGCACACACACACUCUCUCAUGCACCCCAGUUGCCCGCCCUUUCACGACCGACUGGCGCACCAGCAAAAUUCUGUGAACAUAGCCACCGAACGUCACCAUGGUCAUGACUUCCUGGCAGUGGAUUUCUUUAAGAUGAGUUUUUCACAAGCAGCAACAGAGAUACCCAACUCAUGUGCCUCUCCGUCAUUACUAAGUAGCGAAUUUGUUGAGGACAAGCGAAGGUUUAGCAAGAGCAGUGGGACCAGUAGUCGCAUGAGACCGGAUGACCUUGCGGUAUAGCACUGACCAAUCACAUAUGGACAAGGGACAUUAAGUGUGACUAGGCAUACAUCUGCUAAAAAUGUUGCACUUUAUCUAACAGAUCAAUGAUAAUAUUGCUGUCUCAUAGACCGAUUCAGAAUAUCCGUUCAAACAUUUGCACAAAUGCAUCAUGCGAGCAUCUAGUUCACAAUGAAAUAAAAAUAUAGGGACCUAUUUUAAGAGCGCUAACGCUAUUCCAUAAGUCAUUGGGCAUGGCAAUUAAGUUUUGGUAUUUUCAUGCAAGCAUGUGCUAAGUCUAAGCGCAAAUGGGUUUGGCGAAAUUUCGCACAAAAAGCGCUAAUGUGUUGGGUCAAGAGCCAUUUAUUUCUAAGGUUCUUCUCCAGCACCAUCUGCAUCCUAUUAUAUAGUCCAGCACAAGCAAUAUAAACAAAGACAGCACAUUCAUAUGGAGUUGGUAGUGUAAAUAGACUGUAUGCAAUGAAUUAAAAGAAUAGAAAUAUGGACUCAUGUUAAGUCAAGACAUUUUUAUUUGUAUAGCACUUUUCACAAAACACAUUGUUUCAAAGCAGCUUUACAGGAAAUCAUGCAUUAACAAAAAAAUUAAAAAUGAAACUGUAAUAUCUAUAAUGUUUUACAGUGAUAAUUGUGUAGUUUGAUUAAAUGAUUGUAAAAUGUGUAUAGAUAUUAAAUAAUUAAAUAAUAAUUAUAUUUAGAACCCCUGUGAGCAAGCUGAAGGUGACAGUGGCAAGGAACACAAAACUCCACAAGAUGUUGGCUAAUGGAGAAAAAGAACCUUGGGAGAAACCAGGCUCACUGUGGGGGCCAAUUCCCCUCUGGCUAAACAACAUGAAUAUAAUGCCAAUAUUAGUUAUUUGUAUGCAGUGCAGGUCAUGAUUUUAAAUUUGUAAAUUAAGUAAGUGUAAAAUGAUUUUAUGAACUUUAAGAUUAUUGACUAAUGUCUUUGAAGUCCAUCCUGGAUUAACUGCAGAAGUUAACAUAGAUGCAUUGCCCUUUUUUAGUUGGCUGAUAAAGGCUUUUGUUGGCAAUUAAAUGAUGGUCUGUCUAUGUAUUCCAUUUCAAGGGUGUAGUCCAUCAAUGGACAAAGGAUAAAUCAAUGGAUAAAUGUUGAGGUGCAUCGCAGUUCAACCUGCAGGUCAUUUCGGUGAGGUUCGGUAGGGCCUAUGCUAAGUCCAAGGUUCAGGCAGUGGCAUAUGAAGUAUCCAAUGUCUUACAGUUGGAGUUGGCAUCAGUUCAUCCUCUGAAGUCAAAAAACUAAAGUGAUGUCUGGCUAGCACUGUCUGUGGUUUGUCGUCAUCUCUCAGCAACACGUAGCAGUGGAGUACGACACCAAGCAGGAACGGAGCUGGAUCUGGCAGGCUCUGGUAACCUCGGGUUAUGAAUCCUGAGGUUGAGACAUGGAAACAUGGAAUAAUAUUAGCGUAGAUGCCAUUCAAUUUUAUACAGAGUUAUAGAUCAUGAUGAAUGCUUCUGGUUCUGGCAGACCUAACUAAAGCAGCCUAAUUGUGAGUUGAAGGAUAAAUUAGGUGUAUGCCUGGCUGAAUAGAUGAGUCUUUAGUCUAGACUUAAACUGAGUGAGUGUGUCUGCAUCCUGGACAGUGUUAGGGAGACUAGUCCAUAGUUUAGAAGCCAAGUAUGAAAAGCAUCUACCUCCUUUUGUAAAUUUUGAUAUUCUUGGAAUUAUUAACAAGCCAGAAUUUUGUGAUCGUAAUGAACGUGAUGGAACAUAGCGUAUCAGGUCACUUAAGUACUGUGGAGCUGGACCAUUCAAAAGCUUUGUAUGUAGUAAACAGAAUUGCAAAAUUAAUAUGAAAUUUAACAGGUAGCCAAUGUAAUGACAAUAAAAUUGGGCUAAUAUGAUAAUAUUUCUUGGUUCUAGUCAGCACUCUGGCAGCUGCAUUUUGAACCAUUUGAAGUUUGUUUAUUGAACUUGCUGGACAUCCUCCCAGUAAUGCAUUAUAAUAAUCUAGUUUUGAGGUCAUGAACGCAUGAAUUAAUUUUUCGGCAUCAGCAACAGAGAGCAUGUGUCGUAAUUUAGCAAUAUUUCUUAGGUGGGAGAAUGCUGUUCUACAAACAUUGGAAAUUUGAUUUUCAAAGGACAGAUUGGUAUCAAAUAUAACACCUAAUUUCUUUGCAGAAGACGACGACGUAACAGUACAUCCAUCGAGUCACAUUAUAUUUUAGCAGCUUAUUUUGAGAGGCUUUUGGUCCAAUCAUUAGUACUUCCGUUUUGUCGGAAUUGAGUAGAAGGAAAUUUCUGGCCAUCCAAUCUUUGAUUUAAUUGAUACACACUGCUAAUUUGGAGAACUGUGAAUUUUUGUUGGGUUUAGAAGAAAUAUAAAGUUGGGUAUAGUCAGCAUAACAGUGGAAACUUAUUCCAUGAGUCCUGAUAAUAUCUCCCAGGGGAAGCAUGUAUAAGGAAAAAAGCAGAGGUCCUAAAACUGAUCCCUGUGGCACUCCAUAUUUACCUUUUGUUUGAUUUGACAAUUCCUCAUUUACACAUACAAAGUGGUAGCAGUCUGAUAAAUAGGACCUAAACCAUGCUAAUGCAAGUCCAGUAAUGCCAACAUAAUUCUCCAGCCUAUUCAAGAGAAUGUCGUGAUCUAUCAUGUCGAAGGCAGCACUAAAAGCACUAGAAGAGAAAAGCAGUUGCGAUCAGAUGAUAAGAGCAAGUCAUUAGUAACUCUGACAAGUGCAGUGUCUGUGCUGUGAUGAGGCCUAAAUCCUGACUGAAAUUGUUCAUAUAUACUAUUUCUCUGUAGAAAUGAACAUAAUUGGGAGAACACUAGAGAAGACCUUAUUUAUAUUUUCUGUUAUUUCAUCAAGUUUUUCUAGACUUUUUGGCUUACUGAGUAUGUGAGACAAUUCUGGAAGAUUAUUAGUGAAGGUAUCUUUAGUGGUUGAAUGAAUAGUUCUACCUGAACGAUAGUGUGGUGUACGUAGAUUGAGUGACAUUAGCUGAUCGCAACAGACAAGAGAUGAGGUAAUGAUAUGAGAUGUUAUCGCUCUGCGGUAGAAUUUCUAUAGUAUCAACAUCAACUCCAUAUGAAUUAAAUCUAGCGUAUGAUUAUGGCGAUGAGUUGGUCCUGUCAAAUUUUGUCUGACUCCAAGAGAGUCGAGAACAUAAAAAAAAUGCUAAUCCCAAUGUGUCAUUUUCAUUAUCUUUGUGAAUGUUGAAGUCACCAACAAUUAAAGCUCUAUCUACAUUAACUACUAGAUCAGAUGGAAAAUGUGCAAAUUCACCAAGGAAACCAGAGUAAGGCCCGGGUGAUCUAUAAACUGUAGCAAGGGCAAAAGAGCAUAUUAUAGUGUCUGACAUCAUUUUUGCAAGUUCACACACCUCUAUAACAUUAUCUCUAGUGAUCUUCGACUAGUGAAGCCGGACAUCAUUAGUGCCGACAUGAAUCAUUUUAGAAAAUGUACGUUUAUCAUUAGCCAGCACUUGUAAAUUUGAUCUGAUGUCAGACGCCCCAGACCCGAAAUGCAUUCAACAAUGUUGGCUGGAGUCGCUAUUUCCACAUUCCUUACAAUAGAAUCACCAAUUAUUAGGGCUCUUUCAACAUGAUUCUCAGUGGGUGCAUCACUGAGUGGGGAGAAUCGAUUGGAAACCCUAACAGGAACAGGAGAGUGGUGUCACUUUGCUGAGCAUGUGGCCGAGACAUCACCCAGUCGCCUGCUGCGGGGGCUCUAGAGCCGGAACCAAAGGGUGUGUUGCUUGCUGUUCUACACGCAUCCGAAACAGUAUCUACUUCUCUCUCACAGACCUCCUCUAGUGUUUGGAUGCGUGUCUCUAGCUCAUUAACCUGUUCAAUGUUCAACAAUGUUCUUUUGUGCUUCAUGUUGACUUUAAUACUAUUUCACUUUAAGUCAACCAAUAUUUUCGAAAUAUAAGUACACUUGCAUUUCCCGCAAGUCACUUUGCACACCCAAGACAAAUUUUGGUCUGACAAAUGGCCUAAAAGAAACAAGAUUUCUCUUGAAAAUUAUCAGUCCAUUGUUUUUUUAAGAGAUGAAAAUUAUUUUAUGCACUACUGAUUUGAAAGAAAUAAGCAAAAUGAAUCUGACCAGGACAAAGAGAGAAACUGCAAGCAGAGGUGCACAACAACAAGAGGACUAGUAAAUUGGAGUCUCUAGUUUGAGAAACAGACCCGCACAGGUCCUAAACUGGCAGCUUCGAUUACCAGUACAUGCCAAACAAAACAAUAACAAAAAAUACCAGUUUCUUUUGCAACAGUGAAGAAAAGACUCUGGGAUGCUGAACUUUUAAACAGAGAUUCAAAGAAAAAGUCACAUCUGACACUGGCAAAUAAGAAGAAAAUAGUUAAAUGGGCAAAAGAACUUAAAGAUUGCAUGGUAAAUGAUUAGAAAUGAGUAUUAUGGAUGGGUGAGUCAAUGUUUGAGGUGCUGAGCUGUUGUUAGAAGAGUCUGAUCAUAAAGUCUGUGAAGUGUCCUACAAAACAAUUACAUCUUUGAGAAGUGCUAUAGAAAGCAUGGGAUGAAACUUAACUGAAUAUCUUACUAAACUGACUGCAAGAAUGCCGAAGGUGUAAUUGCUGCAAGUGGAGUAUUCGUGGAUAAACAGGAAGUUUGAAGAAUACAGCAUUAAUUUAAAUAGAAAUAGUCAUUUGUAACAUUAGAAAAUUAUUUACUGUAAUUCUUGAUCAAUUUGAAGCAUCUGUGGUGAAGUAC